AGGCUCAUCAUCUACCACGCCGGUACGCCGAGGAUCUUUGUGCUGGGCGCUCUCAAGAUCUCAGCCAUCUUCGUUCUCGGCUUCUUCGCCGUCGUGACCAUCCCGAGCUAUGUGCAGGCUGGCGCCCCAUGGUGGCAGACAGCAGGGCUCCUCGCCGCCGGAACCGUUCCCUUCCUGGCCAUCUGGCAUCUCACCUCGCCCAUGGUGAUGUGGGUCCACCUGCAGGUCCCGAAGGGCUUCCAGCGCAAUCAGUUGGCCGUUGAGAAGUUCGUCAAGCACGUCCCCGCCGACACAGAGGUCACCAUUACCACCAUGGGAACCAUAGGGAAACCCCGCGUCAGCCAGGUGCGCCUCCAGGAUCUGCGCUACGAGAGGCGCCGGCUGGGGCUGGUCAACUACGUCCGGGAUGUGAGCCGGGAGAAUGCGGUGAAGAAGUGGUAUCAGUCCGGGGCAGUGGGCGAAUUCAAGAUCGAGGAAGGGGCGGUUGCGCACAAGAAGUCUCAGCGGCCCUGGAUGUGGUAUAGUAUUAUGCAGGGUCUGAGAGAGAAGGAGAGGCGGGAGCUGGGAAGACAACAAUAG